AUGGAAGCUUUUAAUCCACACUUAUUACUGUAGUGGGAAUACAGUCUAUAUUCAGCUUCUUUUCCCAGUUUCUUUCUUUUUUUUUGAAACUGCCCUCGGCUACAGUGCGUAGGCUUCCUGCCUUGUUUCUGCUUUUUGAGGAAAUGGGAGUGGGACUGACUACUCCAGAAUCGGUGGCGCAACAUUUCCAGCAACAGCUCUGCCUUUCAGGAAGACGCGCAUAGAGCUGCGUCCGCGUUCCCACCGCGGGACAUGGACUGACUUCACACCAAAGAAGUGGAUUAAACGCCUCAUCAUGGAGUUUAACAGGCGCCACACCGCGUCUCUGCUCCUGCUGUUGCUGGCCGUGGCGGCGCUGCCUGGAGUUAAUACUGAAACAGGCUUAAAUCUUGAGUGUACCAACGACUAUGACGAAACCAUGUUUUGCCAAAUGGUGCGACCGAACUGCACCGAAUACGACCUGAGGCUCAGGGAUAACUUGGACCAGAGGACGACCAGUUGCACUUUCCAGCAGUGUGGCAGUGGACGGUGCUGCUGUUCUGUCAGAGUGAUGCUCAUCUAUGGAAAUACUCACACAGCCUCAGUCUGGAGAGGAGGCCAAAGCUUGGGGUCAAAAAUCAUCAGUGUCAUUAAGAGCGUUAAGCCCAAAACUCCAAAAAUCCUGUCAGUGGAAGAAUUAAAUGGGAAAAUUGGACUCACUUGGGACACGGACUACAUAAAUACUUACGAAACCUACUUGCAGAGCCUGACUGCUGAAGUGACUUACUAUGUAAAAGGCAGCACAGAAAAGGAAACAAAACUUGUCCAACAAGCUGUUGUCAACGGAAAGAAUUACUAUGAAAUAUCUGCUCUGCACCUGAAGCCAAGUACAAUGUAUGUGUUCAGCAUGAGAAGUUCGACCACCUGGAGCAAGAAGUUCAGUGACAGAAGCAUAGAGUGGGAAUUCAAAACCGCUUCCCGUAGCUCCCUGACCUCGGUCAUCAUCGUCACCCUCAGUGUCGCUGCAGUCGUCCUCACUGGUGCCAUUUAUGGCUGUUAUGUAAAGGUGAAAUCCAAAUGGUGGGACUCUAUUCCAAAAUAUUCAAAUUCAAACCUUCGUAUUUUUCCUUCAACCAAGCCAGAGAUGUUCCAGGUCUUGAAGCCCGCGCCACCCAUCAUCUCCUCCAUCUGCGUCGAGCCUCUUCUUCCAGAUGACAGCAAGCAGUGGUCAAAGAUGUCGCUGACAGACACCAGCGGUGGGAGCUUUCAGCAAAGCAGUGGAAUCAGCACGGGGUGCUCGCUUAUCAGUUAUGCUAACACAGAACGUCUGGACAUCAAAGCCUGUGUGAUGGAUGCCCUUUGUAAAGACAUCCCCGGCAUCAGCCCCAUCUCGCCGUUGACCACCAGUCCCCUUGCAGAAUUAAACAAAGACAGCGGCUUAAUCUCUUCUCCUAUUAGUCUAUGUGGUGGCAGAGUUGAUGGCAUGAGUUCUGGAUCGUCUUUCUUUGACAACAUAACCUAUGCCCUCACCGUUCCACAGCAGAUUAUGGCGGACAACUCUGAGGUCCAGAUGCGGGCUGAAAUACCUUGUGACUCUGCAUACCAUCCCAGUGAGAGCAACACGGUGAACUGUCCUGACCAACAGGUACCUGGUUGCCUGCUUCCAUGGCCACAGGGCCUCAUUUUACCACCCGUGACUUCAGCUCUGGUGCCGACAGACAUGAGCUAUCAACUGUGCAAUGCAGAUUCUGGGAGUUUUUCAAACGCAGAAGACUCGAGCUUGUGCUCCAGCGCUACUUGCAACGACACAACCGCCCCUUGUGAUGUUCUGUCCGGAGUCAAGGCCGGGCCUGAGAGCUCUGGUGAGGCGUUCAGGGAUGCGAUGAAGCUAAAUGACAAGAGCCAAGAGGCCACCAUAUGCAGCACCAAUCCCUGCUCUUCUAUUGUAGUGGAGGAUGGCUACCAGGCAUUUCCAAACCUCAUGGGGCAACCUGAUGUUUUGAUUUCCGAGCAGAGAAGAGCUGAUCAGGAGGAGUCAUCCACCAGCGUCCCGCAAAGCUUCUCAAGCGCCGUUGUACCAGGUUUCACUAACAAUGCCCAGUGUGGCCAACGUCUCUCUGAGCUCCAAAUGCCUUUUUUCCCCCAGUGUGUGCCCAUAAUCACAGAGAGCGGCUAUCAGAGCGUGUAGUUUGGUGGUCUUGACUUGGGUUUCACAGUUUGUACUCGAACAGCAACAAAACAGUCUGACCUUAACCCUUUAUCGGACACUCACUGAAAUGAAAUGAAAAAAUGAAAUGAAAAAAUACUUAAUCCCAGAAGGGAAAUUCAAUUAUUAAUUAUAUAUAUAUAUAUAAAAUUAUUCAAAAAAUACUUGGACAGUGAAAGUUACAACACUGGAGUGGAUAUCGGUGGAUAUGGGAGGACAUUUUUUCUUGUUUUUGACUUGAAAGCUUCAGCUGUAGGCUGCAACUCAAAGUCUAAGCAGUUGCCAUAUACGAUUCCUGGCCCACCUGGGGUAAAAAAGAAUUCCAAAUAAUAUGCGGAAAAAUUAUUGAAAGACUUGUGGAACUUAUGACACUUGUGUCAAAUCAUCACUCUGGCUCACUCGUGAUUGGUCAGAGGCCACAGUGACUGUGUUGUCAUAUAGACUGACCGUCGUUGAUUGGCUGGAUAAAGUCACGUGAUUCUGCCCACUGCCAUUUCAAAGCCUCCAAAAGUUACCAUACAUGGUUCUUUGCCCAAUAAAGGGUUAAGGACCAAUUUGUAGCUGUUCAUGAUGUAUUGACUGUUUCACACGAUCUUAACAGCAGAUGGUGUUUUCCAUACAAAUGUAUAAUUUAUGUAAUAUUUGACCUUGAGUUGACUUUAUCAUUCGCUGUUGUAGAAUUUAUUUUUUUUUAAAUGAAUGUGUAUUUUAUUUUUUUUUUUAGAAAUAGCUCAGCUUUGCACCUUAAGAACAUUUCAUCUGUGAAUACUUUGUGAAUGUGUACAAUGCAUGUGUUUUGCUGCUUUAAGUCCUACAUGUAUUAUUCAACAAAAUUCAUUCACUUUUCUAAUUUAUGUCUACAUAGUAAAUGGAAAAUGCAAGAAUCCUACAGGAUGAACUCUUUCUUAAAUGUAUAAACAUCAAGCAUAUAUAAAAGCUUGUCAGUGUUAAAGCCUAGAGAGGACCAUCUACAGCCCCUUGUGGAAAAAUCUGGAUUUACUAGUUUUUCCAACAUGCCCUUGCAAGUCAGCACACUGUGGUUCACUGGUCCAGUCUUCCUAAACAGUUUCCUUAUUAUUCAGUGCUAUCGCAAAACUCAACUGGGUUUAUUCUACCCUUUAACAAUCCAUUUCAACAAGGCAGCCGUUUUAAAAGUGACACCACCUCAAGUAUAACUUUGGACCUAAGUCUGGAGUUUAAGGUUUUAGUGCAACAUAAUUAAAUGGAAUCUGGGUUUAGACUUAAAAGUAAACCAAGUUUAAAGACAGGCUUAAAUCUAAUCUUUCUUAACUUUAAGUUUGGUGCAACAUAAUUUCAAGUUAAACCAUGCUUAAAAAACUAAUUGUUUGUAGUGAAACCCAGCGUUACAGCUCUCUGAGCUUGAUUUGACCCGACAAACCAUUACAAGAAAAAACGUGUUUAGCUAAUCUAGUCAUAACCCUUUAAGGAGAAAUCAUGUUGAAGCUGACUGAGUUCUGCGACUAAAACAAACUACAACAAUCUGCUGUCAUGCCGAGCUGCUGCUGUUCAGGCUUGUGAAACUACUUCCUCAUUACUAUUCUCUGGAACCUCUGAGCCAUUUCCACAGAAACACGUCACCCUCAUCCAGCAUGACACACUCGGAAAACAAAUAGACGGGAUGGCCUUCUGUGGAUAAGUGACGCAGAUGUUUCUAUUUAGAUACAUUUCCUUUGUAAGAAAUAGUUCAAAUAAAAGUUGUACUUAAGCUGGAUUACUCUGAGUUGUGUUUGUGUCCAAGAGAGUUUUUAAUGCUGAAUUUUUCAUUUCAAAUGUGUUCAAAUGUUCUGAUUCUGUGUAUUUUCUGUUGAAUCUAACAAUUACAUACUGUACGAAUGUAUUGUAAUGCUAUACAGUUUAAUAAAGUAGAUAUAAAUAUACUGCCAUUCAGAUUGCUAUGUAUUGUAUGCAUAGUGUUUACAUGGAAUUAAUACAGAACAUUGCUUCUUUGCCACUAAACUAAAGACAGCAGACAUAAAAGGUUAGUUAUAUACAAAUACUAUACUGAAAUAUAUAACACAUGAUGUAAAUGGUCUUCCUGUGUGAGUUUGUAUUAAACAGCUCAGAAAAUGUU